AUGGAUAGACUUCCAUCUCUUCUGUCAUAUCCGAGUGCAAAGACACCGGAAGAAGCAUUGGUACAUAUAUUUGGUGAAGCUAGAAGAACAACUCCAUCCAUUCUCUAUUUACCACAGUUUGAUGUUUGGUGGAAAACUGCUCAUGAACAACUCAGAGCUGUUCUCCUGACUUUGCUAGAAGAAUUGCCAUUUGACUUACCUAUCUUACUACUCGGGACAUCCUCAGUUGCACUUGCUGAAGUAGAGGAAGUCCCUCCUUCAGUUUUCCCUCAUCGCUCAGUUUAUCAAGUGAGCAUGCCAUCUACGAAAGAUAGGAAUUUGUUUUUCAAUCAUUUAAUAGAAGCUGCUAUGUCAGUAUUGUUGGAGGGAAUCAGCAAGAAAUCCCAGGAUACAGGAUGCCUUCCUGAACUUCCCCAGGCACCAAAAUUGGCUAGUGGUCCGAAGGUAUCUGAGCUAAAAGCAAAGGUGGAAGCAGAGCAACAUGCACUUCGGAGAUUGCGAAUGUGCCUUAGAGAUGUUUGCAAUUGGAUAUUGUAUGACAAGCGAUUUAAUGCCUUCCAUUUUCCAAUCUCAGAUGAAGACGCACCUAAUUAUCGCUCAAUCAUACAGAACCCAAUGGACGUGGCUACCAUCCUGCAGCAUGUUGACAACGGGCAUUAUAUUUCAUGUGUUGCGUUCCUGCAGGACAUUGAUCUUAUUGUUUCCAAUGCAAAGGCUUACAAUGGAGAGGACUACAAUGGCACCAGGAUUGUCAGUAGAGCUUGUGAGCUUCGCGAUGCGGUGCAUGGGAUGCUUUCACAGAUGGAUCCAGCACUAGUUGCAUACUGUGACAAGAUUGCUAGCCAAGGUGGCCCACUUCAUCUUCCUGAUGAAUUAGGGUAUUCUACCUUCCCUGCUACUCCUGUUGUACAGCUGGGUACUGCUACUAGAACGAGUGCUCGACUUCGCCAUGUCCAACCUGAGGUUAAUAUGGACCAGAGUUAUGACGUAUUGAAGCGGAAUAAGAAGAUCACGGAUGUUGUGCAUGCAGCAGAAGACAAGUCACAAGAUUCUGUACCAUCAAAGUCUUCCCAGGAGCAUCACGCAAAUGACGUAAAUUCUGAAAGGCUGGACCCAAUGUCAAUUGAUGCAAAUGUGCAGGGAACUUGUACAAAUAGCCUUGCUGAUAGCAGCAGUUUUGAUGAUGUCGCAAUGCUAGAUGGUGACUUUUCAAUACAAGAGGAGUCUGUCAAGCAGCUUUUUGUCAAGCAGCUUUUUGUCAAGCGUAUUGAAAAUUACAGCAUUCCACAACUUGAAAGGCUUUACACGAGAAUUAUGAAGGGCGUUUUUGAAACCAAAGAUAAAGUAACGAAUGAUGAUAUCAAGACUUCGGUUUGGGUGUUUUUAUUGAAUUUUGUAGAGGAUGAUGCAAAUUUCCGACUAAUCGGUUUUCCCUUUCUCCCUUGAUGAUUUAGGUAAAGGAAAGAUUUUUACUGUAAAGUCGGGAAGAUUGUAAUUACAGAAGAUUGUAAUUACAGGAUUUUAGGAUUAGAUGUCUCUGCAGACUUGCGAAAGCCUAGAGCUUGAAAAUGUUAGCCAGAGUGAGCUAACUUUUUUUAUUGCUCUCAACUACUAACUACCA